ACGACAAACGUAGCAUGGAACAUUUAAACAGAAGUACCAUGUGUAAUGAUCCGAAAGAGAACAAACGACCGGAGCGCCAACCGUCCCCAACGGUCAAGCUUAUGGCAAAACUGCACCAGUCUUCGAGCUCUGAAACAAGUCCACGCUUCCAUGCUCGUCAAAGGCUUCAAUUCCAACCAUUCUGCUCUCAGAGAACUCAUUUUCGCCACUGCCAUUUCUGUAUCAGGCGCCACUCACUACGCGCACCAAGUGUUCGUUCAUAUUACCGAACCGGACACUUUCAUGUGGAACACUAUGAUUAGAGGCUCAGCUCAGAGCUCCAACCCUUUAAACGCGAUUUUGCUCUAUACCCAGAUGGAGAAUCGGCAUGUAAAGCCCGAUAACUUCACUUUCCCGUUUGUACUCAAGGCCUGCACUAAGCUUUCCUGGGUCAAGAUGGGAUUUGGGAUUCAUGGGAAAGUGAUGAGGUAUGGUUUUGAAUCGAAUAAGUUUUUGAGGAAUACCCUUAUCUACUUUCAUGCUAAUUGUGGGGAUUUGAGCGUUGCUAGAGCACUUUUUGAUGGGUCGGCAAUGAGGGAUGUUGUACCUUGGUCAGCUUUGACAGCCGGGUAUGCAAGGCGAGGGAAGUUGGGUGUUGCGAGGCAGCUUUUUGAUGAAAUGCCAGUUAAAGAUUUGGUGUCUUGGAAUGUGAUGAUAACAGGGUAUGUGAAGCAAGGGGAGAUGGAGAGUGCGAGGAAACUCUUUGAGGAGGUUCCAAAGAGGGAUGUCGUGACUUGGAAUGCAAUGAUUGCAGGGUAUGUACUUUGUGGGUCACAUGAGCAGGCAUUGGAGAUGUUUGAGGAGAUGAGACGUGCGGGAGAGAGGCCGGACGAGGUGACCAUGUUGAGUCUGUUGUCCGCUUGUGCAGAUUUGGGAGAUUUAGACGUUGGGCUGAAGAUACACUGCAACAUUUUGGAAUUGUGUUCAGGAGAUUUGAGCAUUCUACUUGGGAAUGCACUUAUAGAUAUGUACGCCAAGUGUGGGAAUAUUGAGAAAGCACUCGAAGUGUUCCAUGGGAUGAGAGAUAGAGAUGUGUCGACUUGGAAUUCAGUAAUAGGAGGUUUGGCUUUCCAUGGCCAUGCUGAGGAAUCAAUCAAUCUGUUUAUGGAGAUGCGCAGGUUGAAAAUCAGGCCAAAUGAGAUAACUUUUGUUGGAGUCUUAGUUGCUUGCAGUCAUGCUGGCAAAGUUGAAGAGGGGCGCAGGUAUUUUAAUAUUAUGAGAAAUGAGUAUAAUAUUGAGCCAAACAUAAAGCACUGUGGGUGUAUGGUCGACCUGCUAGGGCGAGCUGGGAGAUUAAAUGAAGCAUUUGAGUUCAUGGACUCCAUGGAGAUUGAACCCAAUGCUAUUGUCUGGAGGACUCUGCUUGGGGCAUGCAUAGUUCAUGGAAAUGUUGAGUUGGCAAGACGUGCAAAUGAGCAGCUACUUGAAAUGAGAAGGGACCAGAGUGGGGAUUAUGUACUUCUAUCUAACAUAUAUGCUUCACGUGGUGAAUGGGAUGGGGUUGAGAAGGUGAGGAAGUUGAUGGAUGACAGUGGGGUGAGGAAAGAGCCUGGCUGUAGCCUAGUUGAAGCAGAUAACAGAGCUCUCAUGUGGUUUUUAUUUGAUUCCAAAUCCAAACCUAAGUUGAAUUCAAGAAACCAUAUAUCUUGAGCCACAAAUAGGGAUCAAUAAGUCCAAUUUCUUGAAGACUAGUAGAAGUUCAUACUGAUUAUUCUUAUUGGCCUUUCCUGCUCAGCAGUAUAACAAAGUUCCAACACAUGUCUCUGUUAACACAUUAUGUACAAUUCGAAAUUGGUCAAAAGAAGGCUUCAUUUUACAUAUUAUAUGAUGCUGUUAUAUGCGUUGCUAGUGAGGGGACUGCUUCAAGAGAGGCUGCCAUCCAUGUCUUCUUAUACCCCGAAAAUAGUUAAAGUGCUGUAAUGACAUUGCAUAUUGAUAAUGGAAUCACAUUUAGAAUGAUAUGGAUGGAUACUUAGCGUUGUUCAUACCCUCAAUUUUUAA